AUGUCCCGCAGCGAAGUCGCCGCAGCAGCUCUGCCGUUGCCGAGCCUCCACCGCACCGCUUCCCGUCGCCGUGAGCUCCAGCCAUCUUCGGUGAGCCUGCCUCCCUUUCCUCCGCUCUCCCUCUGCGCCGACCUGCGCCUCCCGUGGGUGCCAAGCCGCCGCUACCGUGCCCCUCGGUCGCGCCUCCCGCGCCUCGCCGCGCCGCGCUGCGAACAGCCUUGCCCACCCGUGCGCAUCGCCGUGCUCCCUUUCUCCUUCUCACCGGUGCUGCCUCCAUCUUCCUCCGCCGGCCGGACUCCCUUCCACCGAUGUGUUCCUCUCUCCCGGCGCCGCCCAGCUCGAGCAGCCGCGCUGCGCCGCCUUCACCUCUCUGGCCGGCCGUCUCUGCUGGAAUCUCGCCGCCGCCGGUCGUCUCUUCCUCCGGUUCGCUCCCUUUCUCUCUCCAGUCGCCCUCCCCGAGCUCCGGCGCCGCCACCCCUCUUCCCUCCGGCUCUUCCCUCCGCCUCUCUCUGUGCGUCGCACACUCGGUAA